AUAAAUCGCUAUUCAAUAUUUUUGAAAAAAAAAAAUAAAUGAAAUAGAUUAAAUAUUACAACAGAUUAGAAGAAUUUUUAAGCUCUUCACUUUUAUCUCAUGAGGUUCUCCAUAUUGAACUGAAGUGUUUUUUAUUUAUUAAUAUUAUUUUUAUUAUUAUUAAUAUUUUUUAUAUAUUUAACUUUCAAUUUAUUUAAAUAAGUAAUUUUUGUUUUUGAAACUAUCAUCAUUAUUUAUUAAUUUUUAUGAAAACAAAUUUGACACUUUUGCUUGGUUCCAAUUAAAUUGGUGACGAAGGUGCAUCAGGCUUAGGUUCUGGUUUAUCAAAUUGCAUUAAUCUCUCAAAUUUGGAACUUUGGCUUGAUUCCAAUUAAAUUGGUGCUAUGGGUAUUUCAAACUUAGGUUCUGGUUUAUCAAAUUGCAUUAAUCUCUCUAAUUUGGAACUUAUACUUGUUUCCAAUUAAAUUGGUGCUAUGGGUGUUUCAGGCUUAGGUUCUGGUUUAUCAAAUUGCAUUAAUCUCUCUAAUUUGACCCUUUUGCUUGGAAGUAAUUAAAUUGGUGACGAAGGUGCAUCAGCCUUAGGUUCUGGUUUAUCAAAUUGCAUUAAUCUCUCAAAAUUGACACUUUCACUUUGUGAGAAUUAAAUUGGUGAUGAAGGUGCAUCAGCCUUAGGUUCUGAUUUAUCAAAUUGCAUUAAUCUCUCAAAAUUGUCACUUAUCCUUGGUGGAAAUUAAAUCCGUGAUAAAGGUGUAUCAGGCUUAGUUUUUGGUUUAUCAAAUUGCAUUAAUCUCUCAAAUUUUUUACUUUGGCUUCCUUCAAGCUAAAUUGGUGAUGAAGGUGCAUCAGGCUUAGGUUCUGGUUUAUCAAAUUGCAUUAAUCUCUCAAAUUUGACACUUAACCUUGGUUUCAAUUAAAUCCGUGAUAAAGGUGUAUCAGGCUUAGGUUUUGGUUUAUCAAAUUGCAUUAAUCUCUAAAAUUUUUCACUUUUGCUUCCAAGUAAUUAAAUUGGUGAUGAAGGUGUAUCAGGCUUAGGUUUUGGUUUAUCAAAGUGCAUUAAUCUUUCAAAUUUGACACUUAACUUAAAUUUCAAUUAAAUUGGUGAUAAAGGUGCAUCAGGCUUAUGUUCUAUUUUAUCAAAUUGCAUUAAUCUCUCAUAUUUGACACUUAAGCUUGGUUGCAAUGAUAUUGGUUAUGAAGGUGCAUCAAGCUUAGGUUCUGCUUUAGCUAAUUGCAGUAAUCUCUCAAAUUUGACACUUUAACUUUUCAAAAUGAAGGAAUCAUAAAAAUUCAAUUUAAUAAGCAAGAUUCUUAAAUCAAAAAGAUUAGUUGUCUUAAAAAAAGAAUUCAUGUGAUAAACCAGUGGAAUAAAUAUUAAAUGUUUGAAUAAUUGAAUAUUAUAUGUUUUUUUUAUUAUAUAAUAUUUUGAAAAAGUGUUUUUAACAUAAAAUAUAA